AGCUUUUAAAGAGUAGUAGCAUCAAAUACGUGAAAGGCAGACCAGGUUAAAAAAAUACAUAAAGACCCUUCUCUAACCGGUGCCUUCAUCUACCCCCAAACGCAAAUAUGACGUACUCCUAUAUCCCUGAAUUACCCCCAGCACCGAGAGAGGCCUUGAGUACCAAGCCAAGAAACCGAAGGAAAACCAUGUCUAAUUUCCACAACCGUCAGGUUGACCCAGGAUUUUUCUCUCUGCCUAGUAACUAUCAAGUGAGACCCGACUCAACUCUCUCCAGCUAUCAGAUCCCAGUACCGUUCCGUAUCCAGUACCCUCCCAAGUUGAGCCCUAACUCCAAGAAGAACCCCAAUCCACAGAGUUUUAUAUUUGACGGAAAUGAGUACAAACCAGUGAACCUCUUUGAAAAAUUGGUUAAAAGUGCGAACAAGCUUCCAGUAAACCAUUCAGGGGCUGCUCAAGCGAUGAGUGUCAUAAAUGAAGCGAUGAGUGGGGAAUCUUCCAGGCAGGUGAGUAACAACAUGCAGGUAUAUGACAUAACUUCUAAGUUGCACGGUCUUGGGAUGAGUUCUGUGCCAAAUGUGGGUUGUACUGGGAGUAAGACAGUUUCCACCUCGGCGGUGACUCUGGGGGCAGACGCGAACGCAAAGAGCACCGUAGACGAUUCGUACUACAACUUGACAAGACUGUCAGAUGAUGAGUUGGGUAAUACUGAAGACUGGCAGGUAUUUCAGUACCCAGUGAGACCACCAGAUCCGAUACCAACUAUCGAAACAGCCCCAAAAGUGCUCGAAGAGUCAUCGUCUUCAAGUAUGGUCAUAAAUCUUAGACUAGCAUCUUCUUCGUCAUAUGCAUCGUCUAACAGUAUACAGAGCAGCAUUAAGUACCAUUCUAAUGAUAACUCUCACAGAAAUUCCUCCAUUGGACUGUGGGAAACGCUUGCAACGGGGCCCAAAGAGCUCGAAACAAAGAUACGCCAUCUUGAAUUUCAAGACAAAAGCACAGGUUUCACAGACUUUGAAAAUGAUAACAAGGGUGUGGUGAGCAGAUCAUCCGUGGCUUUGUCUACCUCUUAUAAGUUCCCACCAAUCGACGCCCCACGAGAUAACACUCCGGCCGAGGAACUCCAGAAAGUUGGAAAUCGCGUGUCCUACCUUACCCUGGACGGUAAAAUCGAGAUUCCCGAGAUCGAGCAACCCGCUGACAUCCCGUAUUUCUCGACACAAAUGAAUUCGUCAACGACUCUCAGAGGGUCUGAUCCAGAGUCUUCCAGUGACGAAUCUGACAAGGCCUACUCCCUCAACACUGCCGCUGGCAUAUCUGCAAGAUUGGAACGCAGGUUUGGGUACGAAAAGGAGAAACAGGUGGAGCCGAUUGUGAAACCAAUUUCCACUGCAAGAUCUCGCCAUUCGCGGUCGAAAUCAAUGUUCAAUAUCGAUUUAGAAGGGCUAGUACCACAAGUUUCUACAUCAUCAGCUUCAGGGCUUUCUCGGAGAAGUCAUAUCCGAUCAAAAUCUCUGGUUAGUGUUCUCCAGAACCAACUCGACCUCGAAAUUGAACACAUUUUCGCUCCACCUGCCAUAGACGACGAGAUUGUAUAUGAUACACCUCUUGAAGAAAGCCGCUUGUCUAGGCAUCUGAAGACUGCGAGCGUUCCAGCUAUGAUGCCCGACCGUAGCUUCACUCCCACUAAACCGUUGGCCUCAUUCCACCGUCUGGUGACCACAAAUGAGCCCCAACGUUCUCAGACCCAGAACAUUGUUUAUCAAAGGGGUGCGUUCGAAGAGGUUUACACGGCUUCCAAGGACCCUCAUGUGGUAGUAGCAUCCCAGGCAUGCUCAUCUGUUUCCUCGUACUCGAGUUCGGGCAGCUCGAAAGUGUCCAACUCUACGUACGCCUCGUCUGUUGCAGACAGCAUUGUGUUGAUGGACUUGACGGACGACACGGUAGAUGUCACGGUAAUCGGAAACAAGAGAUCGAACACUAUCACUUCCUAUAAGAGUUCGUACGAAAAAACGAAGGGAGGCAGAGUGGUGGAAGUGGUGUUGGUGGACGACGACGAGACUUGGGGAUCUGCGAGCAAUCCACAGCCCCAACGAGUCUCUUCUAUGUUGUCAAGUUUCUCAGAUUUGGAAAGCAUAUAUAACAAAUAUGUUGAUAGCAACCUGGCUAUGCCGAACUACACCCAACGAUAUCCUAAGAAUUCUCCACCAACGACCCAGAUCCAGAAGUUUAGCAAAGGCAAGAGCUCUAACUUUGCCCCAUAUACUUCUGGGAGAAUCUGUGAGAAUUCCUUUAGUUUGAACCGUACGUCGCUGGUUAAGAAUGCCUUGGGUGGCUCUAAGGAACGUGCACAGGUGCAUGCCAUACUGCAGACGAUGGAAGGCAAAGCUGAAGAAACCAGCCAGAAUGCAGAAGAUUCAUCUGAUGGAACCUGUCUGGAGGUAGGGUGUGCGACUCCUGUCAGGCUUCGUACGUGUAUCCCACAAGUCGUGUCUUCGAGUGUGGUCUCUCCCACACGCGUUAAGGUACGCUUGGGAAAGGAAGCGAGUCAAGCAAAGGAAAGGCCCAAAGUUUAUCAGACCGCAGCAUGUGAUUCUGGCUCUCCAGUUAGAAACAGGUUGCAGGUCAAGAGACAACCCUCCCAAAAGAAGACAGAGGAUAUUUUGCGGGAAAAGUUGUCGUCAGACAGUUACUAUAACUACAGGGGUGAAAAGUAUGAUUUUACGUCGUUUAUGGCUAGCUAAGGUGUUAGAGCUUGUUCAUCUGGUUACUGUUUCUUAUUACUCAACGACAGACGUAGAAGAAUCGCGUAUCGGCCCCAUAGAUGGGAGCUGAAGAUUGAAUAUAGGUCAAGGAACAAUCAAAUAAAAAUAAAAAAAA